UGAAGGUUGUUUGAAGUUGAACUAUGUCCUGAUUAUGUCAUAAAUAAAAAGAAAAAGUCUAUCCAAAUUAAUCUCACUAACUUAAAAAGAAUUGUUCAAACUGAUUUCAAUUGAGGAAAUAGAAAAAAUGGCAGAUGAUGCCAAAAGACAUAUUUAUUCGCCGCAUCCUGAAGGAUACUCGCAGGCUCGCCAAGAGCAGUACAAGCAGUAUCUUCGAAAACUACAACAUAAUUUUAUAGACUCGUGGAACGAAAAAAUUGAAUGCAACGCAAGUUUAGGUGAUUUUGAAAAAAUAAAAGUUUUAGGCACCGGUGCUUUCGGCGUGGUAUAUCUCUCGAAAUAUACCAAAACGGGUAAAUACUACGCAAUGAAGGUUAUGGAAAAGGAAAAAAUUUUCAAGAUGAAACAAAUUGAACAUAGCUACUAUGAAAAGAAGAUUCUGUGCGCACUCAACUUUCCAUUUGUAGUAUAUAUGAAAUAUUUCUUCAAAGACAAUGUUUAUCUUUACUAUGUACUACCGUUCGUUGCUGGAGGCGAGAUGUUCUCCCACUUACGCAAAUUGGGUAAGUUCGACGAAUCAACCUCCAAAUUUUACGGCGCCCAGGUGGUGUUAGCUUUAGAGUAUUUGCACUCUUGCGAACUAGUUUAUCGUGAUUUGAAACCAGAAAACAUCCUCAUCGAACGAACAGGGUAUAUUAAAAUAACUGAUUUCGGAUUUUGCAAGCUCGUACGGGGAAGAACAUGGACUCUUUGCGGGACGCCGGAGUACCUCGCACCAGAGGUAAUUCUAAGUAAAGGAUAUGGUUUGUCAGUUGAUUGGUGGUCCCUCGGAAUUUUACUGUUUGAAAUGAGUGCUGGUUACCCGCCGUUCUACGCGUCGGAUCCUAUGAGGAUUUAUGAGAAGAUUGUAGCUGGUAAAUACCGGUGUCCUAGCCACUUUACGCCCGAUCUAAAAGAUAUUCUCUCACAUAUACUGCAGGUGGAUAUAACUAAGCGCUAUGGAAACCUCAAGGACGGGGCUCUUGAUUAUAAGAAUCAUAAGUGGUUUAAAGAUAUUGAUUGGGAUAGUUUGCUAAACAACCGGCUUCAAGCACCGUUUGUGCCCAAAAUACGAUCACCGGGAGACACGUCGUACUUUGAAAAUUACGAUGACGAGAAAGUUAAGGAGAGCCCCGUGUGCUUAUAUGAAGAGGAGUUUGCCGACUUUUAACGACUAUCGUUUUAUCGACUUUAAAGAUUUUAUUUACUUAAAGAAGUAGUUUAGUUUAAAAAUAAGGUUACUUUAGGCUAACGUUGAAGUGCAUUUAGAGCCGAGCUGUUGUCAUGUUUACAAUAAAUAAAUAUUACAACAAAA